AUGCCUCAACAGCCCAUUAUUUUCUGUGAAGUUUUUGAUGUUUGGGGCAUUGAUUUUAUGGGUCUUUUUCCUGUUUCUGCUGGAUAUUCUUACAUCUUACUUGCUGUUGAUUAUGUGUCCAGAUGGAUGGAAGCAAAGGCCACCAGAACUAAUGAUUCUAAAGUUGUUUCGAAUUUUCUCUGUACCUAUAUAUUUUGCAAGUUCAAUGUGCCUAAGGCUAUCAUCAGUGAUCAGGGAAGUCACUUCUGUAACAGGACCAUAGCAGCAUUGUUCCAGAAGUAUGGGGUUACACACAAAGUUGCUACACCAUAUCAUCCCCAGACUAAUGGGCAAGCUGAGGUAAGCUUCGAUCUACAUAGAAUGAAAGUUAAGCUUCGAUCUACAUGGGAUGGAACUUUUGUGAUUACUCAUGUUUUUCCUCAUAGUGCAGUUCAGAUUCAGGAUGAAGUUACCGACAGGACUUUUAAAGUUAAUGGUCAUCAGUUGAAACUAUUCCAAGAAAAGAAACCAGUGAAACUGGCUCAGAACAUAGUUGAUUUAUCCUUGGUGGAGCCUACUUUGAUGGAGGAUGUGUCUACAUAG